AUGCCGGCUUGCUCCCAAGCCAACCCGUCUCUCUCCAAUGUGCAGAACGCCGCUGCACCACCCCAUCCGACGGCUCCUUCAUCUUUCCAGCUGUUGAACGUCACCCCACCUGUUUCGAACCCACCACAGCCAAGCACAGCCGAUGCUACCACCAGAAGAAAGCACAAGAGGUGCGGCAAGGUCACAGCAGCCUGCGAGAGGCAGCUGCCUAAGUUCCAGUGCGAGCAACAAGGCGAAUGCGCCAUUCACAAGUUACCGAGAAUGAAUAACACAUCUUCUAACAGUCGCCCAAAGAAGGAGAAGAAGAACAGCCCACGUUCGAGGGGUAAUACAAACCAACACCCGUCCAACCAGUCAACCGGCCCCUCGGCCAUCACCCUGGCUGUUCCACCCCCACAGCCAGGACCUGUCAUGGCCAAGACAGUUCCCUGCGCGAGCCAGCCCACCUCUACUGACACGAGUGCUCAAACUCAAAGCACCCCAGUCGAGUCCAUGCCGUCUCUCGCACGCUCUCAGCCCAAAUCAACGGCUACUGCAGUACCUGCCGCAGCUGCUACACUAGGGCCGCAGAAGACCGACCGUGUCUACAAGAUGCACAUGAAGUCGUCGUUCUCAGAGUCCUAUCUCCAAAACCAGCAUGAGAAGAUGUUGUUGCAAAACAAGAACUUGAACGCCAAGAAGAUAAAAGAGAAAGUCUCCGAGAAGGUCCAAAUUGUCAUUUGGGAUACAUGGGUGCAGGCACAGAACGUGAAGGGACAGCCUCGUCUAGUCAGCUAUCCUGUGCCUCCUGGUAAUGUUCGCACCAAUGGAGAGCUAGCUGUCAAAAUUGAUGCCGAGCUCUUCAAGGCUUGGAGGAUGGAUCAGCCUCCA